GUCAUUGUCAGAUCCUGGAAGUGAGACAGGUCACUGUUUCAUAACUGGCGUAUCGAAAACCUAUCUACCACAUACCUCAUGACAUGGUUCGUCGAUAACUCCAAUUGUUGUAUAAAACUGGGUUGAUUAAGAAUUUUCAUACCAAUUACAAGCUUUCGAUCCUCUAUUUAACAUACAAAAAUAGUACAAAUUAAAGUACAAACAUCUAUACAAUUCUAAAAAUGUGGUACAUCUUCGCAGCCACGAUUUCUUCCCUGCUUCUGCUCACCAGUGGGAACAUGAUUAUCGAGUCACCUUACGAAACAAAUUGGGGUGAUUGGGGUCCCUGGUCACGAUGCCCGUUCGGAACGUACGCUCAGGCAAUUCAAAUCCGCACCGAACCGUAUCAAGGUCUUUUCAUUGACGACACAGCUGUAAAUGGGAUUCGAUUGUAUUGUGGGGACCCAAGAAACAUUUCCACGAUUGUGAUCACCUCAGCCGGUCAGGUUUGGGGUAAUUGGGGGACCGUCUACUCGUGUAGAAGCGACGACCGCCCCGUCCCGCCGGACGGUUUUGUGACAGGAUUUGAGCUACGAGUGGAACGGGAUCAAGGAUCUAGCGACGAUACAGCGACAAACAACCUAAGAAUUUUGUGCUCUUACCCUCCUUCGAUAGGAGUUCCGGAGCAGCAAAAGGAGGGGGAUGGGUUGGCAUAUGGGGGUUGGACGGGGUCACAGCGUUGCUUUAGCUACCAGGCCAUUUGUGCCUUACAGACUCAAGUUGAGCGGGAUCUGGGGGAUGGUGACGACACAGCCCUGAACAAUAUUCGAGCAGAGUGUUGCGAUCAGUAGUUUAUUUACUUAUGAUUAAUUUAUGUAUGUAUGUACAUCGCUGUCGAAAGGAAGAAGAGCAAGUAUGACAAAUAAUUCUUCAUCAGUUUUUGGGAAGAUUGGAUAUAUCGUUUCAGAGGAAUUCGUUAAAGCGCAUUAAGUUAUAUAAUAAUGUACUAGCAAUAAACCAGUUCAAUAAAUAUAUAGCUCUCACAUAAUUGGAUUUGAUGCAAAAAUUUAAAUUAUAUCGCUAGAAUUUUAAUAGUAAUUUUGUUACACUACUCUAAAAUGUCACAAAUCAAACCAUCAGACACAUUACGUGUACAAAAUGCCGGUGCAAACUUUCAUCUGGGCAACUUUCUUUCACAAUAUUUACUAUAUAUUUUAAAUAAUCUGUUGGACAAAAUUUGCAUUUAUCUAUAUACCUAUUUAUUCACUCAUCUGAUUAUUGUUUUAUGCUUUACCCAGUUAUUGUCUAUAUUUUCCCGAUCGAUAUCGAUUCUUCUAAAACUACUUGUUUUGUAUUAAAUAAAUGUCAAUAUGAUAGAAUAUGAUAGAUAAAAUGACUUAUGAAAAUGUUAACAGGCCAUCAAACUGAAAUAAAUAAAUUCAGCAUGAAAAUAGUUAAAUGAUUGAAGCCCAGUUACAAAGUUAAUAAAAAGUAUUAUGAUUUUAUUUUUA